CAAGCUAGAACGCUCGGGGCACAUUACAUCUGUUAGCUAUCCUGCGAGAAAUACCUCUUUCCUUGUGUUAUUCCAAAAACUGUGUGUCGAUCUUCGAAAUCCCUUUUGCGAUUUCUUGCUCCGAAGGAUUUAUUAAUCGCCAGAUCAUUACGUGAUUUAGGUCUCAAAAAUUCUACCUGAAUCGUUUUAUCAACUAGAGAUUAAAGGAAAAUUGUACUUAUGGCUCAAGCAGUUGAGGAAUGGUACAAGCAGAUGCCUGUCAUCACCCGCUCGUAUCUUACAGCAGCUAUUGUCACCACCAUCGGUUGUUCCUUAGACAUAAUAUCUCCUCAUAAUCUGUACUUGCAUCCUACACUUGUGGUUAAGCAUUAUCAAUUCUGGCGUCUUAUCACCAAUUUCCUGUACUUCCGAAAAAUGGACCUGGACUUUUUAUUCCACAUGUUCUUUCUUGCUCGAUACUGCAAACUUCUUGAGGAGAACUCUUUCAGGGGGAGGACUGCAGAUUUCUUUUACAUGUUGUUAUUUGGUGCAACUGUUUUGACUGGCAUUGUUCUUCUUGGGGGGAUGAUACCCUAUUUGUCAGAAUCAUUUGCGAAAAUCAUAUUCCUUAGCAACUCAUUGACAUUUAUGAUGGUUUACGUCUGGAGCAAGCAAAAUCCAUUUAUCCAUAUGAGUUUCUUGGGCCUCUUUACUUUUACAGCAGCUUACCUACCAUGGGUUCUUUUGGGAUUUUCCGUCCUUGUUGGUGCUAGUGCUUGGGUCGAUCUACUGGGAAUGAUAGCUGGCCAUGCUUAUUAUUUUCUUGAGGAUGUAUAUCCUCGAAUGACUGGUCGUCGGCCGCUGCGAACCCCAUCAUUUAUUAAAUCGCUAUUCGCUGAUGAGGCUGUUGUAGUGGCGCGGCCUGCAAAUGUGAGAUUUGCUCCCCCACCUGCAGAGGAGGUGCAUCAAGAUUGAUCAGACCAAUAGAAACGCAGGCUAAUGAGCAGUACCUUUUGGUUGCCAUUUGUCAACUCUUGCGAUUAGGUGUCAUAAAGUUGACACAGUUCUCUAAUAUUAUCUGUCCUGACAUGUCUUCAUUUUAGAGGUUUAACUAUGUAUAUGAUAUUGCCUGCUGAUGGAGCCAUGCAUAACUUAGAGACAAGUUUUUGUAAUUUAUAUCAAGAAUGGAAGCUUCUGAAAGUCCUAGUUGAUGAUAGAGGGUGUUUUUAUCCA